ACUGCUUUAUGGCAGAGUAUCAAUCACAGUAAAUUACGGGAAAAUUUAAUUCCCUCUCCAAAUAACCAUAGGUUGCACGCGUCCAAUACUUAAGCCCAAGUCCAAAUGACGCACUGGAUUGUUCAUCCAUUGCGCGGAUGGCUGGGAUUCUUAGCCAUCACGAAUCUCGGGACCGGGUUGCGGUGUCUUUGGGAAAAUGGAUUUCUGCAAAAGCGAAUUUUUACGCAGGCUGAUGGUGGCUGUGAAGAAAUGGAAAGGAUGUUCGGUUUUUGGUCGUUAUUCAACGCUUUGCUGUUCCUCCACUGCAGCAUAUUUCUGCAAGAGAUGGCCGUGUUCUCUAUGACGGUCUGCUCUCUUGUUCUGUAUUUGUGCUACUUUUUGAACGAAUCCUACAUUCACCAUUCAAUAACCAAAGGCGCUGCCGGCUUAUUUCCCAUUUUAUUAAGCGGACUCACUAUCAUCUGGUUGAUUGUAUCCUUCCGCUUCAUCUGGUUGCCAGAUACGAUUGCGGAAGAAGAUGAGAAUGAAUGCCUUGCUAAGCGCUUUCCUAUGCAGCACACUAGAAGAAAGAAGACUCAGUAACUAAGGGUUUGUUUCUCGGUAGUUCAUUGCGGCGUCUACGAUGGCGGUUUCAGGCAUUCCAUCUCCGGGAUAUAGUCAGUCCAAUUAUCCAGUUAUUGUUCAUAUGGCGAGGCGGUUCGGACGGUGUCCUGUCGUCUGCAACAAAUUGUGCCUUCGCACUCUUGCUGUGCUCUCUUAUCAUUGUCACGGACGGACAGCGCAAUAUGUCUAAUUCCUUUGCAAUGAACCAUAUCAUCACGAAAUGUAGAUAUGCUGACGAGAGACCAAAAUCAUGUUCUGUUGUUUAUUUUUAUUUUUUAUUUUUCGUGAAUUUUCGCGAUUUAUGUUCCGUUGCCUCUUCCAGGAAGCGAACUUCCCGUGAAAUUUUGGGGCCAGGCUUCGAGCACAGCGAAUUCCAUAAUGAAAAUGAUUAAACCCCGAAACAAGGAAUUCAGAGACGAUUACAAACACAUUCUCGAACACCAGUAACAGAUUUAUUCCCAGCCAAGAUCUUUCAACAGCAGAAAGUUUGGCAGAGAGAGAGAGAUAUCGCUAACACAGUUCCCUCUAUUCCUAAUCUCCACAAAUUCCACUAACACCAGUUAGCCUGCGUUUUGACUCUUAUGCGCGUAAUAAUUUCACAGUGAUUACAAUGAUUACUUGAUGUUUGUUUAGUUUAGUUGAGAUUUUCGUUUAACAAACAUUGUGUCAACGAAACUCGAUCUGAUAUGAACAUUAAAAAAAGAAAAGGUCGAAAGGGGAAAACUAGCAAACAACAUUGCAUAAAAUAAGCUGUAGGACACAAAAUCCAUGCUUAUAAAUUUAGCUCACCACUUAUGGGCGUCGCUUGGUACACAGCAAUUGAUCACUUCUUUCCAUUAUUAUUGCUAUAUUUACUGUUACUGGGCUUUUACUCUUCUGGAUCACCCUGUGUGCAAGACUAUAAUAGGACUAUGAUAGAAACGAGAACGACAGAGGGACACACAGGGACGACGAAUAUUGUGUCGUCCGUGUGUGUCCUUGCGUCUGGUGGUUUUCGUUCCUAUCAGUGGUCAACCAGCUAGCCUGCAUUUUGUGUCUUUUCUAUGAAAAAUACAAGUUUUGUUGCCAUAGUGCCUUACGGUAUAUCGCUGUCACUUUCGUUUCAUUUUUCGAUUGUCAUUACAGAAAAAAAUAUUAUAAUAAAGGUUUGGUAAAUACCGUGU